AGCUAGAGAGUGGGCUGUUGCUUUGGACGGUUUCGAGAGUUAAAUGAAGCACCGAUUUUUGAAUUUCCCAACCGAAUGCUCGUUAUUGAGAAGACGACGGAACGACAAGUGUUCAACUGUUCACCCCAUAACAUUUUUGUCGUUUACGUACACAUACACACAUGACACAUAGAUAUGCGUUCCCACUUUUAGAUACCGAUACCGAAUACCGUCGACUUUGUGCACCAAGGUGAUGUAGUUUGUCCCAACAAACACGAAGAAGAAGAAAUGUAUCCAACAGUUGGGUCCGCGCAUUCGGAAUCUGUUGAUUCUAAGCGUAAGCAGCACACAUUUAUGCUGUGCUUGUUGUCACACGCGUACGCGCCUCUCGCACUAACCGCAAUAAUCAAAUCGUAAUAAUAAUAAAUAAAAAUAACAGCAACAACAACAAUAAUAAUAAAGCAAAAGAGAUAUCUCACAACCAUAAUAAAAUCUAGUGUACUUACGUGCUCAGCUCGGUGGCUCGCGUCGCCAAAUCUAGAAAAAUAAAAUUAAAAAGCAGACCAGCAAAAUAACAAAAUAAAGCAACAGCUUGCAGCUUUGCCAAUUUUUUCAAUCACACUCACUCGCAUAUGAGAUACGCGUAUAUCUACAAACGUUCGAACACACACUCGACAGACACAGAUGCACGAACACCAAAAGGUUCAUACAUUUUCAUACUUAUCUAAGUGCGAACGAAGUAUGCACACUGAGAGCAACCGAAUAUUAACUCUGGUGGACGGACGGAUGAUGGUUGUGGAUUGGACGUGCGGCGGUCAGGCGGGCGUUUGGAGUUAGUAACCUUAUGUGUAUGUAUGUAUGUGCGCACCGUCCAUCCGUACGUAUGAGAAUUUGUUUCGGAAUGUAAGUAUCAUCCCCACAGUUGGCGGCGCUGCAAACUUACUCACGUACAUACCUACUUACGUAGAUAUCGACGACCUACAGACUUAUUACGGUUUAAACGUGUGACGACGGCGAAUGUACAAAUGUUUGUAUGAAUGUAUACAUACUUGGAUUUGCCUUAUUUAUUGUGCAACUUGUGAGAGCAGUGCUUUGUUAUUGCUGCUGUCGUCUUGCGUUGCGUCCGUCGAAUUUGUCGUAUACGUCUUCUCGGUCUUCUCAAAUGAAAUCCAAUCAAAAAGUGAUGAAGGUGUUGUUGUUGUUAUAACUACUAUUUGGUUUGAUGUUCUUGCUAUUGUGGUUGUACCAGCUAUUAGUGUUGUCGUCAACAUUCUUUAUAAAUAAAAAGUGAAAAUUGUGUUAAUUUAAUGAAAACAAAAUAAAAAAUCACAUCUUACAAGAGAGCAUGAUCGAGAGUGGGAGAGAAUAAACAAACAAAAAGUCAAAGAAGAUCAAAACUACAACAUCAUUGCUGUCAUCUAGUCGUACACACUGCAAACUGAAACAUCAUUAAAAAGCAGCGUUCUAAAAUUGUAAAACAAAAUGCAACAAAACCGAUACAUCCUCUAGUCUUUUGCAGCAGUUAAGACCGAAACCUCAAGAACAAAUCUAACAAUCAAAAACCUCCAAACCUUCGUAACGUCAUUACCUCAUAUCAUUCGCCAGAACAAGCAUCAAAGUGUUUAAGAACGCCAUUGACCGGCUGACACAAACAGGAUAUCAAAUACAACGCAGGACCCAUGUAUGUACAUGCUUGGUUGAAGCCACGUGGUUGUUGAAAAAUCCAUGGGGAAAAACACUUUAGCUGAAAGUGUAAAGCUACCGAGCGAACACAUUUUGAAUAGUGUUGUCUUCAAAACUUAAAGAAUGCGCCGUCAAUAGCAGGAAGUAAUGAAGGAGCUGAGCAGCGGAGAAAGCAAGCACUAAGUAAACUAAGGUUUUAGCAAAUCAAUUAGGAUAGCAGAAUAUACGUUAAUUCGGCCUAGACAGAAAUGGGUUGCUCUCCUAGCAGCUUGACUAGAACUGCCGAUGGCUUGGGCUCCGCUGAAAUGGGCGCUGCAGCAGGUACUGUGGCAACCACAAACGAAAAGGAUGGAAGCAUAUUUUUUUGUAUUAAAUUGAAGAGAGCUCGUUUGCGUCGGUGCAGUCAACAAAACGGAGGAGAUGGAAGCGGAGGCAGUGGUUCCGGGAGCGGUAGUGGUGGAACCAAUGUUGAUGAUUUGUGCAAUCAAGCUUUGCUGAAUCCCCUGCAAAUCAAAAAUGAAGAGAAUUAUGAAAAGAUGAGCAGCGGCAAAAAAGAUUCCAUAGUAACGGUAGCGGCGUUAGGAAACUUUACGCAUACCGUCGUGAGGCGCGCAACAGGAACCACAAUUUUUCCGUUGCGAUCUUUCGAAACAUUCUCUACCAAAUAACGAAUCAAACUGUACACGGAUCGACCAGCCCGCUAAACACACAACAAACAUAAAAAACACUCAACAACAAUCCUGCGCUAUCAACCUGCGAUAAGCAACCUUUUACGUUAAUUUUAUUUCCACUCCACACAGCAAACGGAAUCACACUCGUGCAGAGACGCAAUUUGCCUGCAGCGUUGCCACUACAGAAAAAUUUUUCCGACCAAAAUUUUUCAAAAACCUACCAAAUUCUCUUCCAGCUGACCAAGAUUGUAAACUAAAUCAAAAUACACGCAAUCGUUUUCUAACAUUUUUUAUUAUAUAUAUAACAAUAUGAACAUCUUUACGGACAGUAAAAUUGCCAUAAGGUCACGAACAGCAGUGUAAGAUGGAGAUUAACUCCUUCUGUGAGGAUGGCAAAGUCCGCAUCGUUUGGGUGUCGGGCCACAACGGAGUAAGGGCAGACGAUUUGGCGAUAAAGGCCAGAGGACUACGAGAUCACUUACGAAAAAUCGUUGCGUCAAGUGAUAGCAUGUGUAGGGCAUGCGGGGAAGAUGAUGAGACGUUGGAGCAUUUCCUUUGUCACUGCCCUGCUUUCGCGUCCAACAGAUACCGGCACUUAGGUGGAGACACAAUACCAGACAUGAACCAACUUAGGGAAGUGGUAUUGAAAACAAUUAAGGAUUUUGUACUGGUACCUCUGGAACAAGUUCAUCGGGUGGAGGACGGCCCGGUCAUCGAAAAUCAUCCCCUGCGUUAACACCGGACGAUGACACAAUUGAUCAAAGACAGAGAAACGUUUGCGAUGUAAAAUACCCAACGGUGCUACCUCCGAAUCCACAACUAAAGGCUCUUUUGGUCUUCUACAAAUCUGACAAUA